CCUCCGCUCAGUACCUAUCAGACGGGACUCCAGUAUAGUCAGUCGUCCACUGCUCUCGUGUGAUACAUGUAAAAGUGAAACGAUGUCUCUGUUAAGUUUGCUCCUAGCGGGGCUUGCGGUAGUGGCUACCGCCGUGUAUCUCUACAUCAGAAGUCGUCACCGGUUUUGGUUGAAUCGAAAAUUCCCCUGCGCUCGCGACCCACCGCCAAGUUUCCUGUUCGGUCAUUUCAAGGGAGCAAUUACAAGUCAGCACGGAGCCUACAUCAAUCAACAGCUCUAUCAGGAAUUCAAACACAGAGGCGAACGUUUCGGGGGUUAUAGUUUUUUCGCGAUUCCAUCGGUAAUCGUGGUCGAUUUGGAACUAAUCAAAUCAAUUCUGGUGAGGGAUUUUAAUGUCUUCCACGAUCGAGGUAUAUACAACGAUCCCGAAACGGAUCCUCUCUCCGGACAUCUAUUCAUGCUGGAGGGCGCGCAGUGGAGAUCGAUGAGAAAGAAGCUCACUCCGACCUUCACGUCCGGGCGCAUGAAAAGUAUGUUCGAAACAAUUGUUAGCGUCGCGGAGGAAUUCAGAAACUACAUGAUCAACAACUAUGACCGGCAGCCGGAGAUGGAAAUGAAGGAUGUUUUGGCGAGGUUUACCACUGACGUGAUUGGAAGUUGUGCCUUUGGGUUAGAGUGUAACACAUUAAAUAAUCCCGACUCGGACUUUUUAAAGUAUGGCAGAAAAGUGUUCGAUCAGGACUUUAGUGGACUUGCAAAAUUUGUAUUUGCAUCACUGUUCAAAAAUCUAGCGCGUAUUUUUAAGGUAAAGCUAACCGACGAAGGAGUGGAGAAAUUUUUCAUCGGACUCACGCGAGAGACUGUUGAAUAUCGCGAGAAAAAUAAUGUACAGAGAAACGAUUUUCUCAAUUUGCUACUUCAAAUUAAGAACAAAGGAGAGUUGAUAGAUCACCCGGAGGAAGGAGCGGAUCAGGCUGACGUGGGUCUCACUAUCAAUGAAUUGGCGGCACAGUGUUUUGUAUUCUUUGUAGCUGGAUUCGAGACGUCGUCGACGACUAUGAACUUUUGCAUGUAUGAACUGGCGAUGAAUCCGGAUAUUCAGGAGAAAUUAAGAAGUGAAAUAGAAAAUGCGAUCACCGCCAAUAACGGUCAAAUCACGUAUGAUUUGGUGAUGGGAAUGCAGUAUCUGGAUAACGUUGUAAACGAAACGCUGAGAAAAUAUCCACCCCUCGAGGGUCUAAACCGGAUACCGCUGGUCGACUAUCAGAUUCCCGAUUCCAAGCACGUUAUUCCAAUGAACACAAUGGUCAUAAUUCCGGUAUAUGCAGUGCAUCACGAUGCUGACAUCUACCCCGAUCCGGAACGGUUCGACCCCGAUCGGUUCCUACCGGAGGCAGUACAGUCGCGUCAUCCUUACAGUUUUAUCCCGUUCGGAGAAGGACCGCGAAUCUGUAUCGGGCUUCGCUUUGGAGUGAUGCAAACCAAAAUCGGAUUGAUCACACUGUUGAGAAAUUUUAGGUUUUCGCCUUCUUCGCGGACACCAGCAAGGAUAGCGUUCGACCCGAAGUCGUUUGUGUUGUCGCCAAUCGGUGGAAAUUAUCUUAAGGUGGAAAAGAUUGCUGCUUGUUGAUAAGAUAAUGGUUUUGUUAUUAUCAUGUUGAAUAAAAAAGAUUAGGAGCGGUUUUUAUUACCGUGAGUAUCUAA